GGCGCUAAUGCAUGUACCCCGGAGAAGCACAAAAAGGCGGGAAACACACUCGGUAUAGUGAAAUGCAUACGGUAAAAGCGCGGGCUUCAGAUGUAGAAGAAGUAUUGCAGUGGUGAGCGAGGAUAAGUGUAGACCUCUUGCAAGUAAGCAUACAUCAAACCAUAGAAUAUCUAACAGUUGAACUAGCGAUGGGCAAAAACCGCGGACGCACUUGAAAGCCAGGCACGGUCGCCACCGUUCACCAUUUAAGUUUACAGCUUAUCUCAUUUCACACUGAUGUACAGUAUAUCACAUUAGUGUAACUUCCUACUUCGGAUGCCCUUCAACCAAGAUAUUAUCAGCGGAAAGUGCAUUAUUUUUUUUCAAUUCGUUUGGAGGUAAUUGCUUUAUUGGAUCUAUACCCAGUGACUGCAGUAAGCAAAAGGAAUGCCAAAAUGGAGGUGGAAUGAAGAACAUGGGAGUGUCAUUGUGAUGGUGUUUUAUCAAUUAAGGAUUUUAACAAGUCACCAUGGAUUAUCUUAUCAAAAGGACACCUUCUUCGCAGGUACUGUAAUGGAAUAAUCUUUGGUUCACUUCUAAUGUUUUUCCUUGUCUAAAUCGAUCGGAGAUUAGAUAUCGAUCCCUCCGCUGUAGACGAACUAGAUUUGACGCCCAGGUUGUUUUCUCUUCACUGUCCGCGUUGGAGCGGAUGAAAGCGGGUGCAUGAACAACGGCACCCCAUCGCGGCGUCUGGCAAGCCCAGGCCGCCGGGCCAGUACUCCCCUUUCUUCUUCGGGUGAGCAACUAGACGUCGAAAUCCAGCCGUCCAAUCUCAACCCCCCUUCGAAUUACAACAACCCUCAUUCCCAUCACCAUCGCCACCUUCAUCCCGAUGAUGAUAUCGAUGACGAUCAACGAUCGAGAGCGUCGCUCUACGAUCUCGUGAGAUCUCCUGAUGAUCUCGACGAGGAAUCGGCGAGGAUACUCAGAGACGAGUGUGAAAAGCUCGUUCGUGAUUUCAACGUCAAGGUGGCUAUCUACCGCGAGAAGCUCAUCAGCAUUGCCGACUUUGGGGACUGCUCGCACUUCCGACACGAAGUCCGACGCUACCGACGGAAAUGCUUAGAGGCUGCAAAGACCGCCAAGACCAAACUCUAUCCACACAUGCGAGGGUGUCGAACGAGACCGGAGUUCGAGAGGUUGUUCAUACAGCUGACUGGAUGUAUGGAGAUGUAUGUUAAUGAGAUGAUUAAAUCACUCAUUCUUCUUCAGAUAUUACCCGUAGAUGCCCUCAGAGUGCCUGGUGUAGUAGAAAGUUCUGAUGUGCCUAACAAGGGGACCUGGCCGACCACGGGGAAGCCCCUUUCCAACGCCGUCCAGGGAUCAGACAGACUAAAAGGGGAGAGGACGAUCUCGGAGCACAUGGAAGACUCCAUGGUCAUCGACGCCCCCAUCACCAUCAAAGACGACCUCGAACAAAUAUGUGUAGAUAUAAGGCAUGUUCAGGCUAUGCUGAGGGAGGUCGAUCAUAACGAGUUACUACCAAGACAACGAACUCCAGAUGGUAGUGCAUUCAUCUCCGAAGUUCUUCCCGUGAGCGGUGUUGGUAAGAUGAGGCGGAGGCUUAUAUGGUGUUGCUGUUCUAAACCUCUAUAAAGUUCCGUCAGCUGAUCCAAUCAUCACUCAGAAGUCAUGGGUGAUGAAGUACGACCCUACAAGGAGCACCCGAUCAUAAUGUGGCACAUAUUAUUCUUCUUUGAUUGGACGGUCUAGGAAAUUCUUUGCGAAAUAGAGUGCAAUCUUCAGGACCCAGUCGCUUAUUACAAUUUUCCAACAAUAACGUCAGCAUCCAUCUCGAUACUUUUGUAGAACGGGGUAAAAUGACAAAAAGUCCAUGAACAUGUUCAAAUACCAAGAGAGUGCAGAUGCCAAUGCAGUCUGCCAACAUUAAGAUAGUCAGAAAUGGAUGCUGCUGAAGAAUGAGGUUUAAACUUACGCAUUUUUAAAUGGUUUUCGAUAUGGGGGUGGGGUUUAAACCACCCUAUGGGAUCCGUGAAAGAAAGGGGGAGGUGGAUCUACGGAAGGGAGGGUUCAAGACGCAGUACGUCGCAGCACAGGAAAGAGAUGAACCUCAAAUGCCCCCUUUUCCUUGUCAAUUUUUGGGGAAAUAAAAACUGGUCAACCCCCUUUCAGCAAAAAGCUAGAUCCGCUAAUGAUUAGGCGUCAGGAUCUGACAGGACCUUCGGUACGACUCUCACACCUUGUAGGGAAAUAUUGGGAAGUAUCCGGGACGUGAUAUUCGGAACAUUAGUAAAACUGAUAAUAUAGAAACCAAAAAGUCAAAGGGGAUGGACAGAUUGCAGGAGCGGUGGCUUUCGACGAUUUAAUGGUAGAAAAUAUAGACUCCGAAGUGUGAAAUGAGAUGGUCAGCAUGAAAUACCUAUGUAGGACCUACAACAGAUUUAAGGUACCUAAUGUCUUAGGCCUUUUUUGUGGUUGUGGUUCAACAUUACGGGCCAGCGUCAUAAAACUUGCGUAUCAACGAACCUUACUAACAAAAGUGAAAUUCAAUUCCUGAAUAGUUAGUUGUGGUAUGUUACAAGUCAAUUUGCGUUUGAUUUUUGUAAGUUGAGUUCAUUACCAAGUUUUAAACCAAAGGGUCCAAUAAUAUUUUUUUCUUGGGGUCGUGAAAGCAAAC